AGGGAUUUUAAUGAACGCUGUGCCCAAUGUUCAGAAGUGAACUGGGGUCUCACUGAUGGAGGCAGAUUUUAUUGCAGAUCUUGCCACAACGUUACCGAGAGAACUAGAGAAGUUGUAAACACUGAUUUUAUUUCUAAUACAAGAAUCCAGACAAUCUCCAAAGGUUUAAGAAAGCAGGAAAAAACUGAUGGAGGCUGUGAAUGGUAUGUUUGUGAAGGCUUUCAGCUCGUGCUCAAGAAACAAGCUGAAGCUUUGGAAGCAUUAGGAGUAUGUCCACAAAUGAAGGAUGAAAUUCUUUGCAAUUUUUGGAGGCGUUAUCUUCAGAAGAGCAAACAGGCAUAUUGCAACAGGCCAGCUGGGAAAACUGUCAAAGCAUUAUCAGUAUGUGAUAGCAGUACUGAUGUGGACAGUGAACCAGAGAGACCUAGCCUUCUUCACUUGUUAUCUGUCUCUGAAAGUGAGGGGGAUCUACAAACUGAUUGCAGCUUUGCCUCAUCAACGAGCAAGGUCUCAGAAAGCACCUCUGUGUGCUCUGGAUCGGUAGAUGGUAGCUUGUAUUUAAUGAAGAACCAAAAGGAGAAACUGAGGAUGACGAUGCCAAUGACCCUUUCAUUUUGCUACAUGGCAUUACUCUGGUUGAGAGAACCAAUGACGUUAUCUGAUCUCUUAAGACGCACUUUGAAUGAAAGUGGCAGAUUGCUGUGCUUUAUGAGGAGCUCUGUGUUUCAGCUUGUGGGAUUGGAUCCAGAUAGCGAUUGA